GGGCUGGCUUGACAGCAAUCGUGACGGGUUUCAAAACAAACCCUGCAGAACUUCGUACGCGUGGGUCAGAGCUUCUCUAAGAUGGAUCUUCCUUUUAUCGAGUGGCAAGAUCACGUCACACAAAAGUGGACCCGACUCGACCUCGACUUAAAGGAACAAUUUACGUCCCUGCUCGAAAUAGAUGAUGUUUUUAAAUUCGCCUUAGCUCUGAUUACCCAAGAUGAUUUGGACUUUGUACAGUCAGUGUCUGCAGGAUACUCAGUCCAGAAGGACACAAAGCAAGCAGCCAAGUGCAGAGAGGCGGGCAACAACAGCUUUAAGACCAGAGAUUACACUGCAGCUGGUCUCCACUACUCACAGGGCAUAUGUUUUGCUCCCCAAAGUUCAGAGCAGCUGUCUCUGUGCUACGCCAACCGCUCCGCUGUACUCUACCAUCUGCAACGCUACCAGGAGUGCCUUGAUGACAUUGACAGAGCAGUGAAGAACGGCUACCCCUCUCAUCUUUUACACAAACUAGAGGACCGUCGUGGGCAGUGUGUAAAGCAUUUCACUGUAGAUCAUCACAAUCCUUCUUCAAAGAAUUGUAAAAGUCCAGGCGGAGAAAAAGCUUCACCUGUUCCACCUCUCACAGUGGGAAUUCUGGCCAAAGCUUCUAUUGGCUUCAGCGUGGAGAAAGGCCGUCACCUUGUGGCUGACGAGAAAAUUGCAACGGGGGAGGUGAUCCUUAACGACAGACCAUUCAGCUGUGUCCUCAUACCGCAGAUGCUGGAGGUGAAAGGGAAGAGAGCCACAGGAGUGUCAGGAACAGAGCACAGACGCUGUCACAUGUGUUUGACUGAAACUCUGGUUCCUGUCCCAUGUGACCGAUGCUGCUACAGCAGAUACUGCUCGACUGUCUGUCAGCAGGCUGCCUGGAAGGAACACCACCGCUGGGAGUGUCCCCUGGGGGCAGAGCUGAUAGUGAUGGGUGUGAUGUCACACCUUGCUUUGAGGGUAACACUGAAGGCCGGGUUAAAUAACAUCCAACUGGCCACGGAGCCAAUCGGAGACGAGCGCACGAAGUCCGAGCCAAGCUGUCGGAACAGAGAACCCAGCGAUUCAGAUCCACGUCAUCUGAAUCAACCUCAUCCUCCUACGUCACACUAUGGUGACACUUACUCCAGUAUAUUUCAUUUGCUUCACCAUCUGAGUCACCACAGCCCUGGUCUGCGCUUCCUGUACUCCGUUACCAUAGCAACACUCUACGUAAAGCUCAGUGAGACAGGACCUCCACCUGAAUCUUGGCAGCUCCGGAGAACAGCAGGCGCAAACAGCCUAUCACCAAAUGAAGAGGGAGGUAACGUAGGUUGGACCUCGGAGCUGAGGCUGCUGGGAAGUGUGGUUCUGAGGCAUUACCUGCAGCUGAGGUCUAAUGCCCAGGCAAUCAUGACACUGCAAGACACAGGAGCAGAGAACUCACCAGUACAGUCCAGCAGGGAAAUCCGCAUUGCUACAGCUGUAUUUCCAACUCUUAGUCUUCUGAAUCACUCCUGCUCUCCCAACACCAGCCUGGUGUUCAACACUGGAGCUGGUGCCGCCCCAUCCUGUUCAGACCCGCUUGCAGAACUCGAGCUCGAACACAGAAGCGCAGCCUGUGGCGUCACUGUAACUGUCAGAGCAGCUAAAGCCAUCGGUGCCGGAGAAGAGAUUCUGCACUGCUAUGGUCCUCACAGCAGUAGGAUGGUGACUCAGGAGCGCCGACGCCUCCUGCAGGAGCAGUACCACUUCCUGUGUCAGUGUGAGACCUGCACUGGGACCCAGGAGGAGGGCGAACAGCAGCGCUCAGGGCAACACAAGUCCAGACUCCUGUGUGUUAAGUGCAGAGGAUUUCUCAAAAAAAACAGCGAGGAGAGAAAUAAAGAAUUCACUUGUUCCCAGUCAUCCUGUGGUCACUGCGUGUCUUCAUCUGAACUGGGCCACAGGCUGCAGGAGAUCAGGCUUGAACUGGACAAAGCUGUGGACCUCAUGGAGAGAGAAAGGCCAGAUGAAGCUCUGACACUGCUGAAAAAGACUCAGGCUCAGUCUGGACUCAUCCUGGCAGACACGCAUCCUCUUCAAGGGGAGCUGGCUGAUGCUAUGGCCAGAGCUUAUGCUACCGUGGGUGACUGGAAUAAAGCAGCUUUCUAUCUGGAGCAAAGCAGAGUCGCUAUUGGCUGCCAGUUUGGAGGAGACAGCAUCGAACUGGGUCGACAACUCUUCAAAUUAGCUCAGCUUCACUUCAAUGGUGGUGCGAGAGGCCCGGCCCUAUCUGUCAUUCCCAAGGUCAGACGACUCCUCUGCCUUCACUGUGGCCCUCACUGCCAUGAGUUACAGGAGCUGCAGGCCAUGGAGGACUGUCUACGAGGGUAGUCUUAGAAACUACAAUGGAGUUACAGUAUUUUACUCAAUGAAACAAAAUGGAACUAAACAUUUUCUGAUUGUGUGUUUUUCCAUUUUUGCUUCCUAACCGGUCAAACUAAUUCAUUACCGAUUGUAAUUAACACUAACAAGUCAGUGAGCCAUUAUAAAGUGAGCUAUACGUUU